GCGCGCAGAGCUUGCCGGUCUCUUGUAGUCGGGGCGUCAAGAUGGAGUCUCAGGGGCAGCCAUGUUUGACGGGGCUCCCAGAAGCCGGUACAGGGGCAGAAGAGAACACGUUAGACCGCGAAAAUGAAACAGAGGAGGACAAGAAAGAGGCACAGGAACCAGUUGUUGACGAGAGCUUUUUGCCUCCAAAGAAGAGAAGAAAAGGAAGCGGGGGUGAGGUGGUCUGGGACCCAUCAUGUUAUGGGUCUAAACCAUGUGAGAAGAAGCACUUUGAGGGGGGCCAGUCUACACCAUCAGACUCUCAGAAUGUCCAGGCAGAGAUAAGAGCUGGUUCAUCAUUAUGCACAGAGCAGGAAAUAUGUGGCAUUACACACCAACAACAGAAUCAUCUUGGAGAUGAUCACUGUGGAAUAAAUGUCAUAAGAGACGAAGAGCAACAUUUAUUAUCCACACAACAAGAAGACAUCUCAUCAGAGAUGCAGCAUGUAGCCACUCAAAAAGUCACCAUCUCACCAGAUCAGCGUAAAGGUGACAGAGUGAUAAAACCUGAACGUGCUGAAACUCAAUCCGGGAGGUUGCUAGGAGACAGUGAUGAUACUGACAGACCAGCAGAUAAUAUGUUGACCGUCAAUAGAUCAAAUUGGCAGGCAAACAACUUCAAUACACAACCUCUUAUUUUGCACAUUGGCCCUGAGCAACAACUAGUGCAAGGUGAGGAUGCUACUGGAGAUAAUCUUGAAUCCUGUCAAGCCAGAGAGGAUUGUACAGAUUUACAAAGUCAGCACGAUGAGAGGCAAGAGUGGGAUUCUCCAAUGCAAGAGGAUCAAUUCCAGUCCCAGCCGGACAAUGCUGUUGGCUUGAGUUAUGCGUUUGAGGGACUAGAAGGCCAAGAUGUGCAGCAUCUAGAGUCGGAUCAUCAAGGUCGACCGCUGACCAUGAAGCUAGACCUGGACCAGCUACAACUUUUAAAUGUGGGGGCAGUUGAAUACAUGGAGACAUUGCCAACAACCCUGGUGACAUCGCCAGAUGGGGAUAAGACUGCCCUUGCUGCUUGUGAACAGCAUUCAGAUUCAGAUUGCAAGAAUGACAAAGUAGCACCUAAGCAGCAAACUAUCCUCUUCCAUACAGGCCAGGCUGGCAAGGCCGGGGAGGGAAUCUCCAUUCAGGUUUACCCUCAGACCCAGGGCAUCUCCCUUGUAACAUCUACAGGGAUCCAAAUAGCAGAAAUGGGCUCAUUCUCCACCCACGUACCAGCAAUACUAACAGAGGGCGAUGCAGACGAAUCAGAGAUACCUUCCACUUUAACAGAGCAAUUCCAUGUGGUGACGACAAGCUCUGCCCUGGCUAGCCAGACAACAGCAGGCGAGUCUCUUGGUGCCAUGAUGCAAGGAGGGGAAUUGGGUCGGGGCAUGGUACUGACGGACCAUCAGCAAGUCCUAAUUAGUGGGAUGAUAGUGCCAGGAAUGGCACCUGGUCAAGCUGUCCACAUCAGUCUACCACAGACAGCCCAAACAGUGGUUGAUGGACAGAUUGAGAUGGCACAGAGUUCAGAUGAUGCAACAUUGAGUCAGGAAGGCAACAGUGGCAGUGGUAAAGUCCAUGUUUGCCCUCAUCCCGACUGCAAGAAAGUGUGUCAAAGAGCCCAUAGACUCAAGCUACACAUGCUCUCACAUACAGGUGAACGGCCAUAUAAGUGUCCUCAUGAAGGCUGUGAAUGGGCCUUCACAACAGCGUACAAGCUCAAGCGCCAUGAGCGAGGUCAUACUGGCGAGAGACCUUUUCCGUGUCCUGAGAAAGGCUGCGGCAGGCGAUUUACUACUGCGUACAACCUUAAGACUCACAUCCGCGCACACAGACGAACUAACUCUAUCGCGUGUAACUACGAGGGUUGUGAUAAAGCCUUUCCUACCCUGCACAAGUUACGAGUACAUGAGCGCAAACAUGAGCUGCAAGACAAGCCGUAUAAGUGUGAGGUUGAAGGUUGUGGUAAGGUGUUCGCGGCCAUGGGUGUCUUGACGUCACACCUCAAAAGCCAUAGCGGCGAGAGACCUCACGGUUGCCCUGUGGAAGGUUGUGAGAAACGCUUCACCAAGGCAUCCAAGCUGAAACUGCACAUUCGCUCGCACACAGGAGAGCGACCUUUCAGCUGUGACGAGGAGGGUUGUGGCUGGUCUUUCACGAGUGCCUAUAAGCUCAAACGUCACAAGCGUAAACAUACGGGCGAGCGGCCUUUUGUUUGCUCGUGGGAAGGCUGCCACAAAUCGUUCACUCGCUCCAGCCAUCUUAAGACUCACGUCCUGGUUCACACCGGAGAGAAGCCGUAUGUGUGCCCCGCAGAUGGCUGCGGCAAAGCGUUCACUGCAGGCAGCAGCCUGAAUAUCCACCUGCGCAAGCACACUGGUGAGAAACCAUACCGGUGUGAGGAAUCGAGCUGCAACAAGGCCUACACCACUGCAGCGAACCUGCGCGCACACCAGAAACGGCACGAGAAACCCAGUCCUGCGACAUCCAGUAAGAAGACCGCUGAUCCAACAACAAGCACUUUUGACUCAGGGGCCGAGACUCUUCAUACGGACUAUGCGACUGCCAGUAGCGCAGGCUCACUUGUGGACAGCGAUAUCAGCGCUUUCCCGCCAGAAGAGUUCAGCACCACAGAAACCGGGUCCCUGUCAGCGGUCAGCGGUCAUUUCUCAUCGAGCAUUUUUGUGAACUCUACAGGGCAACCGUUACCAACGAUCAGCACAUCAUCCCACGAACCCGUGAACAGCACGAGAAUUUCAACUCCCAAUAAAAUUACCUCGGACAACACCAUCAUCAUACCCGUGUCCAGUUUUCAGUCUGGGGUGGACCACCAUGUCGGAUCGAUUGAUGUGACAGAGUUUGUAGUACGUAGCGAGCCCGCACUGCACUCUCCAGGAGUCAGCAGUAGUGUGUCAGAUAAGCAUGCGGGCGGUUUUGAUCUGUCCAUAAGUAGCAUGGUCAGCCACUUGCGAUGCCACCCCUCUCCCGACGGGAAACUGGUAACGAGUGACGUGCUUUCCGUACCUCACAAUGGGACCGAGGCUAUUCAGUUCCCAGUCCCAUCGCGUGCUAUAGAGUUCAGGAAUCCCGUGAACCCUGAGGACCAAUUUGCUCCGCCAGCCGUCAUAUUUCAGGAGGACAGCAUUAAGUCCGGUUCCUCAGACGCAGAAGGCGACAGCAACCAAACCUCUACCGACUUACCCUCCCCCUCAACGGCAAACACCAUGCAAAUCACCCUCCCGCAUGACGUCAUACAGAUUCACUUUACCCAGCCCUCUGCGGGGGCUCCUCAUGGCACGGAGAUGGACGUAGAGACUGGUACGAGGAGCCAUCAGCUUCAGGCGUUCGGUUCGCCAUCACUAACAGAUAUCCCGGAUGGGAUGAGUAAGCCUGGACUCGACUCGUACAUGGACGAUCAGAUGUCUCCGGACCAGGAGGACACUAACGCGGACAGUUAUCCCGAGAGUACGAUAAACUUACAGGAUCUUAGAUAACAAUAACUUGCUCACAAGGGAUAACAGCCAUGGGAUAACAAGUGAUAACAGCCAUGGGAUAACAAGAAAUAACAGCCAUGGGAUAACAAGGGAUAACAACGUGCUCACAAGGGAUAACAGCCAUGGGAUAACAAGGGAUAACAGUCACGUGCUCACAAGGGGUAACAGCCAUGAGAUAACAAGGGAUAACAGCCAUGGGAUAAGAAAUAACAGCCAUGGGAUAACAAGGGAUAACAGUAACGUGCUCACAAGGGAUAACAGCCAUGGGAUAACAAGGGAUAACAGCCAUGGGAUAACAAGGGAUAACAACGUGCUCACAAGGGAUAACAGCCAUGGGAUAACAUGGGAUAACAGUCACGUGCUCACAAGGGAUAACAGCCAUGAGAUAACAGCCAUGGGAUAAGAAAUAACAGCCAUAUGAUAACAAGGGAUAACAGUAACGUGCUCACAGGGGAUAACAGCCAUGGGAUAACAAGGGAUAACAGUAACGUGCUCACAAGGGAUAAGAGCCAUGGGAUAACAAGGGAUAACAGCCAUGGGCUAACAAGGGAUGACAGCCAUGGGCUAACAAGGGAUGACAGCCAUGGGCUAAAAAUGGAUAACAGUCAUGGGGUUAACAAUGGAUGACAGCCAUGGGCUAACAAGAGAUAUCAGCCAUGGGCUAACAAUGGAUUAAAACUGCUAUGAUAACAGCUAUGAUAACAUAGACUAACAAGGGCAGUAAUGAGAUAACAAGGGAUAACAGCCAAAGUGAUAACAGCUAUGGGCUGAUGGGGGUUACUGAUAUGGACUGUUAUCUACAAAUUACAGCACCUUCCAUCAGGAGGUUGCUUAUUGGACAAUACUGUCAACAGACAAAAGUGGAUCGCAGGCGAAAGCGUAGGGGAGUCUUGACAUAACAGCUGGCCAAUAAAGUUUUCGGGGAAUUAAUGCAAAUGCAUGGAAAUGAAGAUAAAACAUUCGUCAAUCAAUCGAUCCACAAAGUUAGAAUUCUCCAUUACUCUCUGAAUAAUUGUAAAUAAUCGUGAAAAAAAGUAAACGAAUACGAGACA